AUGUCAUCUUUGAUAUUGAGAAGAUCAUGGAACAAUAGAUCACCUCACGCCCCGACCCGUUUGUUCCUCCGUUUACUGUCAUCUUCACCCGAUUCCCAAUUUCAGUGUGCCCAAAUUAGCGGCCAUAGCCAGUCCGUUUCAGCUCCUGUUCACGCAUUUUGGGCUAAGAAAAAUGACUGGCCAUCUUCGCAUUUGAAUGAUCACUGGAAUAUCUCCCGCGGGCUACGGUUCUUGAGCUCACAGGCGGCUGCUGCUGCUGCUGAGGCGGCAUCCACUUGUGAUGGGCUGACGGUGGAGGGGAUUAUUGCCAAUAAUUGGGUGAUUUAUGAUGAGAAUGAGAGUGAUUGGAAGAGUCACGCCUCCGCCAUUGCUCAGUCCAUUCACCUCAUCAAGAAACGCUUAAGAUGGAAAAAAUUGAUGCCAAAGUUGGAAUUACUCUCAGAACAGUUGGAUAAGCCAGACCUAUGGGAUGAUCCUGCACGUGCAGGAAUGAUAAGCCGCGAACAUGGUUCAAUUACGGGCAAGAUGAAAGAGGUUAAUGCUUUCGAGCAAGAACUAUUUGAACAUAUUGAUAUGAUAAAGCUGGCUCGUGAAGAGAAUGAUGCAGAACUGGAAUCGGACUCAAUGAAAGCUCUUCUUGAACUGAGAAGGCGCAUCAAAGAAAAAGAGCUUGAAGCUUUGUUGGCUGGCGAGCAUGACUCUUGCUCUUGCUUCAUAGAGGUUCAAGCUGGAGCUGGUGGUACUGAGAGUAUGGACUGGGCUUCAAUGGUGAUGCAGAUGUACAAAAAGUGGGCCGAAGGUCGGGGCUUUGGGGUUACCGUUGUAGAUGAAAUGCCUGGCGAUAUUGCUGGAAUCAAGCGAGCCACCAUCAAAGUUGACGGGGAAUAUGCAUUUGGAUAUGCGAAAGCCGAAGUGGGUGCGCAUCGUUUAGUGCGUAUUUCGCCAUUUGACAGCAACAAGCGGAGGCACACAUCAUUUGCCUCUGUGGCUGUAAUCCCGAUUCUUGGAGAUGGGUUUUCUCGUGUUCAGAUAAACGAAUCUGAUCUAAAGAUUGAACGGUUUCGGGCAGGGGGCGCUGGGGGUCAGCAUGUGAAUACCACCGAGAGUGCUGUGCGGAUCACUCACAUUCCCACUGGAGUAACCGCCACUUGUCAAAACGAGAGGUCACAGCAUCAGAAUAAGGCUUCUGCCAUGGCCGUGCUUCAGUCUCGUGUGGACCAACUCGAAAUGCAACGCCAGGCCCAGAUAAACUCGGAGCAUACUCAGUCCCUCACCGACAUAAAUUUUGGCAGCCAGAUACGAUCUUACGUGCUUCAUCCGUACAGAAUGGUGAAGGACCAUAGGACUGACUAUGAGGUUUCAGAUCCCGAUGCCGUCCUUCAAGGUGAUAUUGACGGUUUCAUCUUGAGCUUUCUUUCUGUCUCCUUGGACAAAAACGAUGAAGAAGACAUCUGA